CGUAUGAUUAGUUCUUAGUUAAAAGGCUUUGUUUAACACCAGGACAGAGACGGGGAGGGAGGAGCACUGAGAAUCCUUAUAAGGCUCCAGUUUUACAUGGAGCCAUCUUGUUUUGUCUUGUUGCUCAGAUUCAGUUUGCACUUUGACAGGAAAGGCUGAGGGGAAAGAAGCAGCAGCCACCAAGUCUACAAUGAAAGCUGGUGGUAAUCUCAUAACUGGUUCUGUACUUUUGGUUAAGAUUACUGCCCUUUUCUAACAAAGUUAUUAGUAUGGUAUAAUCAAUACUAUUGCAGUUCAUUGAUAAAUCAUAAGCACUGAAUAAAGGCAUGGAACUAAGCUCUGCUUCAGCUUACCUAAAUCUGAGUCCUUGUGAUGACGGCAGAACAAGAUUACAGCUCUCGGUGGCUGCCGGAAGAAACAACCAUGUUUCAUGUUUCAACCAUUGUCUCACUGUCUCUUCCACAGGCUGCCAGAAUGCAAUGGAAUUUCCACGUUUUACCUUCAAUCCAAAGGAAGGGAUUGAUAAUCCAGCUUUGGUCAUCACUGAUGAUCUUGAGCCUCAUCAGAGCCUAGUACCCAGACUAUGCCAGCUGAAACGUCUUGAGGGACAGCAUUUUGGCUUCCACUUGCGGAUGGACCAGAGCAGCGGGGCUUUUGAGAUCAGAGAUGUGGAGCCAUGGAGUCCUGCAGAGCACAGCGGCCUCAGAGAUGGAGACAGAGUGCUGGAAGUCAACGAGGAACAUGUGGAUAACAUGGACUUCUACAGGGUGGUUAGGAAAAUUCAGUCAUGCGGCUUGCACCUGUUUGUCCUGGUGUUGAGGAGAGAGGACUAUGAAAAGGCAGUGUCUAGUGGUGUGGACUUGAAGAGGCUGGCCAAGGCUUCUAAAGGGGACAGCUGGUCCAGACCAAGACUGUGUCACAUCAGCAGACACCCAGUGCAUGGCCUGGGAAUGAGCAUCAUCUCAGUGCCAGGUGAGAAGGGCCGGUACAUUGUGAGCACUGUGAAAGAUAGCGCAGCAGAGAAAGCUGGAGUCCGCACUGGAGAUAGACUGAUCUGGAUCAACGGAGUCAUGGUGUCAGCGCUCACACACACUGUUCUCAGCCGAAUUGUGAAGAAGAGCGGGGACUCAGUGACAGUUCUUGUCAUUGACAGUGAGAGUGAGUGUUCCUACAUCAGGAGGAAAAUGCCUAUCCUGCCUAUGGUGGCAGAAUGCUACAGCCUCCCACACUCUGCCAAGACCAUGCAUCUGGUUAAAGGACAUGAUGGAUAUGGAUUCCUGCUGAGACAAGAGAAACUGGCAGGCACUCAACGGAUAGUUCAUGUGUUGAGGGAGGUGGAUGUGGGGAGUCCAGCUGAGGUGGCCGGGAUGGAGGAUGGAGACCUGCUGCUAACAGUCAAUUGGGAACCAGUUGAGAACCUGGAGCAUGAGGACAUUGUCAGAAAAAUUAAACAGAGUGGUGAUAAAGUCACCUUCACCUCUACAUCUAUACCAGGACGAAACUAUUACAGACAGUUAGGCAUUUCUCCCCUGUUGUUCCAUGACCAGUGUACCCUCGAGAAUGACAGACAGCUGAUUGUCUCCCACUACAAUAAGAACCAGAAUGAAACUCCUGUGAGAAAUGGAGAGGAGAUCAGCACUGGUUUGCACUCAAAUUGUGUCUCAGACCAGUCAGGGCCUUUAACCACUCAGCUGUCAGAGAGAAUAACUGAUGCCUUGUUGUGAUGGUUGAACAAACAGAACAUGAAUGACCAAAACCAUGAGCAGAUGAGAAGGACGAGAAGCGCAGGUCUAAAGAAAUGAAUGAUUUUAUGGCGGACUGUGGUUAGAUGCUCAAAGAAGUUAUUCUUUUCCUAUUGUUUUUUUGUUGUUUGUUUUUUUAUCUUGUUUGUUUUUUUGUUUUAAAAUCACUCACCAAAAUCAGUGCAGUGAAACUGCCUUUAAGGACUUUUGUUUGGACACUGGACAAUCCUCCAAACCUUUAAAACCUGCCUUUUAUAAACUUGUUAUUAGAUUUCUGUUCCAUUCAACCCAACAAGAAGGGGCUUCAUUAUUAUGCGAAACAGGCAUUUAUACUGCAAAAGCCAGCUUGACAUAAAAAAAUAUAUUGACAGAAUUGCCAUUUCGAUUAAUUUGUAAAAAAAAAUAUUAUAUUAUUUUUGUCAAUCAUAAACAAUAAUCAUUACUGUGCAUGAAAUAUCAUGACAUAUCAUGAUAGCUCCAUCUAGAUAGAUAGAUAGCUGACAUAUAGUAACCUACUGUCUCUUGAUAGACUGUAUAAUGUACAAACUAUGAUAUAGUAAAUGUUUUGUGGUGUAAACAUAAGCUGUUUAUAGCACACAAUAAAGUAUUUCUGGCUUAAGCUAGUAAAAUAUGGUGGAACAGAUGCAAGAUUAUGAAUCAGACAUUUAACGACGUGUGGUCUUGUGCUGUGUGAAUUUGCCUUCAGUAUUUGAAUUCUAAGAAGUAUGGACAACAAGUUUUGGGCGUUCUUUAAAUGUCAAAUUUAAUGUUUUUGUCAUUUUCCAGAAGAAACCUUUUGAAUAGACAUCACACUUUACAAAAUGACAACUGUCAAGUGGAUAUCUAGUCCUCAUGUUUAAUUUACAGUGCUUGAACGCGGGGUUUAAUUUAUAGAUACAUCUGUGUACUAUAUAUACUGCAAGUUUUAAUUAAAUUACAAUGCAUCUGAUCAAAACAUCAAAUAUACAAACAUUAUUUAGGACAGCAAAUUGUAAGAAUCCAGGCAGUUCAGUAGUUGCAGAGUUGUCGUUAGUUUCUCACAUAAAUUUGUUGUUACACUACAGUGUUCCAAAAUAAGCAUCAUUUGAUUCAAGUACUUCAUUCCAACACAAAAUGAAACAUAUAGGAAACCAUCUACACAAAGAGUUCAUGGGGAGGGAGAGUGACAGCUUGUUCCACUGUUAGCUGUUCAUUCCUGAGAAAAUUCCCAUUCAGGUUCCAGAAUCCACAGCAUGUCUUUUUUUUCUAUUAUCUCCUGUUUCAAAAUAAUCUUUGUUGAAUAGGUAAAUGAUAAUCUGAAAAAUUACACACAGUGCUAGUGAUGUGCAGUAGUUUUUCACAAUGGGUUGGGGUGGAUUAUUCCAUGUCAAACUAUGGCAACAAGACACAAAUCAAAUUGGUAACAAAGCUUGUUAUAAGGCUAACAAUGUCCACAUAGAACUGGAUUCCAUUUUAUUUUUCAUACUUUUUGGGCAAUAUUGCAGUGGAAAAGAGAGCUCAAAACCCUGAAACUAGAGGAAACACAACUAUAUAGGAGAACAUAUUUUGACAAGAAAUAUAUCAAGUAGGGAAAAAAAAAAACAGAAAUGAAAAAAAUUAAAAACACAUUCACCAAUUUGACCAUCCACAUUU